AUCACUAGAGAAACUCUUACUUGGGCUACACCUUUCCAAACUGUAUUUUUCGGAGGUUUUGAACAUGGUGAUAUCGCUUGGUUUCUUGAAGGUCAAUUGAACGCUACUUAUAAUUGCGUAGAUAGACAUGCUAUUAAAAAUCCUAAUAAGGUUGCCAUAAUUUAUGAAGCUGAUGAACCUGGUCAGAAUAGAAAAUUACAUAUGGUGAACUUUUACGUGAUGUUUGCUAUUGCGCCAAUGUAUUGA